UGAAUAUGCAUUGAAAUGAGCGAGUGCAGAAGCAUUUUUCCGAUAAGAAACAUAUAGUUGUAGAUUUCCAUUUUAUUCUCAAUUCAUCUUCAUCCAACUCUAGAUGCUAUUUUAGUAACGAAACACUUGUAUAAUUCACGUACAUGUGAACGAAGCUGAAGAUUUGGAAAAUCGCAAUUUGAUCAUUCUGGCGCAUGAUGCUUCCCACCAAUCUCUACGGAGCGCUCCUAUCAUGCACGAUAUACCUCCACGCGGUAUUCGCAGUGAUGCCAACCUGCGACAACGAAAUCUACUGUAAGGGGAACCUGUUAAAAACUGUGCAGAUGUCCAGAAUAUUCCCAGACUCCAAGACCUUCGUCGACAUGGAGAUGACACGAAGCCCCUCUGACGUCAUGAAGAAUUUCAACAGCUUGAUGUCCUCCACCAACAACCAUCCAUCUCGAUCCCAAAUUAAAAGUUUCGUCCAGGAUAAUUUCCAGCCUGGAAACGAGCUGGAAGAUUGGAAAUUGCCGGACUUCGACCCAAAUCCUCCAUUCCUUAGGAGGAUAAAGGUGCCAGAGUAUAGGAAAUUCGCGAAAGAUUUGGUGCAACUUUGGGCCAACUUCAGCAGGAUCCUCAAGCCUGACGUCUUCAAGGAACCUGAGAGGUAUUCCAUUAUACCAGUUUCGAACGGUUUCGUCAUUCCUGGGGGAAGAUUCAGGGAAUUUUACUACUGGGACUCUUAUUGGAUUAUCAAGGGUCUUCUAGCGAGCGGAAUGCACCAAACUGUUAGAGGUAUGAUAGACAAUUUCCUAUCGAUGGUAGACAGAUAUGGUUUCGUACCAAAUGGUGGUAGGAUUUACUAUCUCAACAGGUCUCAACCUCCACUCCUCAACCUAAUGGUUCACGAGUAUCUCAAGGCGACAAAUGAUAUACCGUGGUUGAAGAAAAACGUGCACCUAUUGCAAGAAGAACUCAAAUACUGGCUCAAAACACAAACAAUAACUUUCACUUAUAACAACGCUAAACACACCCUAGCUCAAUACGCAGUGGAUGAUCCAUCGCCAAGACCUGAAUCCUACAGCGAAGAUGUUAAAACUUGCUCUGUGAGAAAAUCUGAUGAGGACAUUAAAAACUGUUAUAAGGAUUUGAAGAGUGGUGCAGAAACGGGCUGGGAUUACAGUUCGCGAUGGUUCAUCGAUAAUCGUGGGUCAUACGGCAAGAAUUUGAGUGAAAUCCAGACCAGAAUGAUCAUCCCUGUUGAUCUCAAUAGCUUCUUAGCCCAAGCCUUCAAACUGGUCUCAACUUUUUCGUACAUUGCAGGUGAUUCAGAUUCCCAUCAGUAUUGGCUCAAUCUCCAUCUGUCGUGGAAACAAAGCAUCCAAGAUGUACUGUUCAACGAAACGGCUGGCAUCUGGUUUGAUAUGGAUAGGAAGAGGCUCAGACACAGAACUGGCUUUUACCCAAGUAACCUUGCACCCCUAUGGUCGGAACUUUAUGAAGAAACCUCACUGGGAGAUCUGGCAGUUCAGUACCUCCAAAAAGAAGGUAUUUUCGAAUAUCCCGCUGGUGUUCCCACAUCUCUCCUGAACACUGGUGAACAGUGGGACCUUCCAAACGCUUGGCCACCCUUACAGUCCAUUGUAAUCAUGGCGCUGAAGAGGUCGGGUAGCCCCAAAGCGCUUGGAGCCGCCAGGGUUUUGGCUAAGAAAUGGAUAGACAACAAUUUGCUCAUCUACAAACGUACCUGCUUCAUGUACGAGAAAUAUAACGCGGAAUCUGUAGGGGUUGUUGGAGGGGGCGGGGAAUACAGCAUCCAAACAGGGUUUGGGUGGACAAACGGAGAAAUUUUCGAGCUCAUCGAAGAGUUUUACAGUAAGUAGAGUCGAGUUGAACUGGACAGGUAUGGAAGCAAGAUCACGAAGUGUCAAGCAUCAUUUUCGUUUAUUUUUAAGCUGUCAUUCUAGUUUGUUAGGAAUAAAGAUGAUUGAAACAUGA